AGAAAGUGUCCGUUUGGCAAUUGAGAAUGAAAGAUAAAAAUCCGACCGUUGCAAACUAUCUAUCCGUUACCCAACUUGGAAAAACCUCAAAAUGAUCAAUCUCUCAUGUUUGGUUCUUCCCACCCACCAUUUCCAUUGACAUUUGAUCCCCACUCCACAAAAAAAGAAAAAACAAAGUGAGUUCUAGAGAGAGAAAGUUCAUCUUCUUCAAAAUCCUAUCACCAUGGUUGCUAGAACCCCACCAAAGCUCAGAAAAAUGGCUGCCGCUCCUCUCAAUCCCACCCUCCUAAAAGAAACCCUACAAAAGGUGGAUAAAUGUAUGGAGAGAUUGCAGGAGCUUCAAUAUGUAGUUGCAGGUGGAAAAAAGGUAAUAUCAGGUGUGAAUCUAAGCCCACGUAGCACCAGAGGAUAUCUGAAGACAAGUCUUCGUUGCAAACAAGAAUCUUUAAGGAUUAAGAAUGGUAAUCCUAAGAAAUCUCCAAACGGGAAGUUUCCAAUCAAUUCCGGGGAAUGGCGGCGGAUGUCUUUGCCGGCGAUGCUGGUUGAAGAAACUGUUGGGGAAAUUCUUCAAGCAAGCAAAUUUGCUAGACAAAUAGUAUCAACAGUUAAUUCCACCACAAACAAGAUUCAUCCUUCCGAUGACAACAGUGAUGACAACCCAAAAACCCCACCUUCCCGGAGACAGAGUCCGGCGAGGAAGAACCCAGAGAAAACCCAGCUCCGGGCAAGGAGGAAAAGAGAGAAACAAGUUGUUCUACAAUCAAUCCGAUCAGAUAUCGCCGGUACUCCGACUGCCCACCUCCAACGAGCUAAAUCGAGAAUCAAUUUCAAAUCUUCUUCACCACUGCAAAGAGAGAAAGAAAAUGUUAGUUAUUUGGCAAACAGAGUUUCUCCAAGAAACAGGCCAUGGGAGAGAAAGACUGUUCUAUUUCCCAACCCAUUAUUCCGCUCUUCAUCAUCACCAACUUCACAGAAAAUGAAAUUUUCCAAAACAAAUUCUCCAAUUAUCGGAAAAAACAGACAGACAACAACUACUACUACUACAACAGCGACUCCUCACAAAUUCUUGAUCAAGAAGACGGCUAAGAUAAGAAGCCCACCACUCUCUAUCUCCCCCACGAGACCUUCCAUAAACAUGGGUAAGAAUUCUCUCAAGCCAUCAUCAUCAUCAUCAUCUAAAUUUUCAUCUGCUGCUGUUACUACCACAAUGGCAAAGAUAAGGAGAUCAAUUUCACCUUCAAGAUUGGCAAACAGAUUGAUAUCUCCACUGAAAAGCAGAAAAUCAUAUGAUGGUUUGAUGAUGACCAACAGUCUAAAGCAGCAACAGAAGCAGCCGUCACUGCCCACUGCUACUCCGAUUCGGUUGUUCUCUAUUCGGAGAGUUUAAGGUUCUUCUUUGUGAUAUGUGUUCUCCAUGUCCAAUUCAUAUGUGUCCCAUCCCAUGUCUUCUCUUCUACUUAAAGAGAUUCUUCAAUUUGUACUCUCUUCAUUUGGGUUUUCAAGUUCCUUAUUUUUACAGUGUGAUAGAUUCUUCAAUAAAUUGAAUGUUAUAUUUUAUUCUCAA